UCUCUCCCCAUUGCUCGCCAGCAGACGAACAACAUGGACGGAAUGGGCGGCGUCGCUGUCAGGAAGGAGGGAUGGGCAACGAUCAAGGAAAACAAGAACCUUUUCCAACCUUGGAAGAAUAAGUACUUGAUCCUCCGAAAGGAGUCCAUCGACUUCCACAAGACAGAGGGCGGCAAGGUGGCCUACUCCCUCUUUCUCAAGGACGUUGUCAACGUCGGCAGAGUCGAGGCUGCCGGCACCAUCUUCGAGAUCAAGCGAAGGGCCGACGGUUCGUCCAACAGCCCUGGUGACGAUGACGGCCAGAACAACAAGGCGCUUCACAUCAAGGUCAAGUCCGAGGACGACCUGUACGAGUGGAUCGACUUCAUAUACGGCGCCUGCCCCGGCAUGGGCGGCGUGAGCAACCCGACCAAUUUCGCCCACGCCGUCCACGUCGGCUUCGACCCGCAGACGGGAGAGUUUGUCGGCCUGCCGCCGGAAUGGUCCAAGCUGCUCAACUCGUCCGCCAUUACGAAGGAGGACUAUGAGCGCAAUCCCCAGGCCGUCUUCGAAGUCCUCGACUUCUACACCACCGAUCUGGCCAAGCAGAAUGACAACCAAUUUGGCGGCGGCGUGCCGCCGGGAGCAAUGCAGAACAAGCCCAUGGGCAUGGGUGGCGGCGGCGCUGGAGUUGCACCUCCUCGCCCGCCCCAUCCCGGCAGCGCCGGCUCCCCGUACAGCCCCGGUGCUCAAGGGCGUCCCAGCCCUGGCGGGCAGCAGCAGCGACAGCAGGCGCAGACCUCGUCACCAACCUACACGUCAGCAGCCGAUGCCGCCAGAGAAGAACAGCGACGGCGGCAGCGCGAGGCAGAGGAGCGAGAGCGCCGCGAGAUGGAAGAGUACAACGCGUCUCUGCCCAAGAACAAGGUGCCCAUGGCUCAGCAAGAGAUUGGCGGUGGCUAUGGUGGCUCCGGCGGCCCAUCUGCUGCCGACCGGUUCAACCCGUCUAGGGCGGCUCCUCCGGCGCCGAAGCCUGGCCAGCAGAUUAGCGGUCUGAAGGCCCAGCGACCAGCACCCGCUCCGCCGACUGCAGGCUCUGGGCGACCCCCCGUUGUUCCCCAGUCCAGCUCGAGCUCUGCGCCAAGAUCUCCAGCGGCGCAUCACAAUGAGAGCCCGAGCUCGCGGGCCCCCAAUGGCGCCCAGGCGACGCAGCAAAGGCAGCCGCCAGCCCAGCAACAACCUGCCCGCCUGCCCGCCUCCGUCAAGCCUCUCAACGUCUCCAAGGUCAACCAGAACCAGGCGCAGAGCGAGCCCAAGCCAGCCGAGCCGGCACCCCCCAAGCAGCAGACUCCUGCCGAGCGCAAGCAGGAUGUCCGCAUGUCCACCAUGUCCGAGAACGAGGUCAUGGCCAAGCUGAAGGAGGCUGUUUC